AUGCUCUCCACGAUUAUUAAUGCUGAUAACGGACCUAGUUGUGUUAACUGGAACUGUGUCCCUAUACUGGAUCACUGCGGUCUCGGAAACAGGCCUGGAAGCCGCGGCUACCGCCCCCCCCUGCCCUGGCGGCUGGUCCCCGGCAUCGCCCCUCGCUGCCGGAGCGGGGCUGAGGCGGGAGCUGCUCCCGCGCCGGUAACAUCAAAGGCUGUUGGGGACGGCUGCCUGGCAACGCAGACGUUUCCUCCCUUUCUCUCGCUUGCGGUGCGCUACUUCCGCUUCCUUUUUUUUCUCCCCGCGCCCAGCUCUCUCGCAGGAAGCCCGGCUGAGGGCAUUUUUUUCCUUCCCCCGGCUUCCGGUUGCGACCGCAGAAACUCUCCCCGACUUCCGCUUGCCCGGACUCAUCUCCUCUCCAAGAUUUCCAUCCCAGAAAACCAAGUGAUUACCAUUAACUCUUCAUUACCUGUUGAAGAGGCUGCUUCAGACUAUGCUGCAAAGUUAAAAGAGGCCUUUCAAGGUGAGAAUAUGCCUGUCUUUGAUUUGCUGAUUUUGGGAGUAGGGCCAGAUGGUCAUACCUGCUCUCUGUUCCCAGACCAUCCACUUCUACAGGAGAAAGACAAGAUAGUUGCCCCUAUUAGUGAUUCUCCAAAGCCACCGCCUGAACGGAUAACACUAACUCUGCCUGUUCUGAACGCUGCACGGACUGUGGUUUUUGUUGCUACAGGGGAGAGUAAAGCUGCCAUCUUAAAGCGAAUUUUGGAAGGUGAUGAGGUGAACCCUCUCCCUGCUGCUCUUGUCCAGCCUCAUACCGGGAAGCUGCACUGGUUUCUGGAUGAGUCUGCAGCCAAGGAGCUGACUGUUCCCUUCGAGAAGCACUCUAUCUUGUAGAACCAAACGUUCGGCUGGGUUUCAGGAUCGGGAUCCAGUAGCACUGACUGCAAGACCUUCAAAGAGCUGGCUCUGUAACAUUCCAAGUCAAGGACUCCACAUCUGGUCAUAGUACUUGGGAGUGGCACUAAACUAAUGUUGUCUUUUUUGUUUCUCUUUUUAAGCAAGUGGUACUUUGUGGAGCACUGUAUAAUCUCUUUGGUUGGGGAGGGAAGAUAUAGGGUGCUUAUGUUUGAUCUCUAGCUGCAACUGGAAACGCUUGGGAUCGUGGAGGAGGAUAGUGUGGUGCAGUCUGUCUUGUGAACGGUUCAUGUGGUGUAAAGUGAAUGCACAAUAUUAAAGAUGUAAAUUUCA